AUUGGAAAGUCCACUCUGUCUGAGGUCACCUGCACAUCAACUAUCAAAUACACAUUAGUGGCAUGUAACCUAAAAUGGCGAACACUAAACGAUUGGUGUAUGUCGGUGGAUUAUCAGAAGAAGUAGAUGAGAAGAUAUUGCAUGCUGCCUUCAUCCCAUUUGGAGAUGUUACAGACAUCAAUAUUCCACUGGACUAUGAAACAGAAAAGCACAGAGGGUUUGCAUUUGUUGAAUUUGAAUUAGCAGAGGAUGCUGCUGCAGCUAUUGAUAACAUGAAUGAUUCUGAGCUGUUUGGGAAGACGAUACGUUGUAAUGUCGCAAAGCCAAUGAAAGUAAAGGAAGGACAUGCAAAGGCUGUUUGGUCAGAGGACACCUGGUUGCAGGAGCAUGCUGGUGAGACGUUGACAGAAGACACAGUGGAGGCAGGCGAGUCUGAUGCUUCUGCAAAACGACCUGCGGAGACAGAAAGUUUUUACCAGGUGACAGAAACGGCUCCAAAGCGUACAAAAACAAAUUGUCAGGUGUUCUUGGACAUGAAAAUAGGAAAUAAACAGGCGGGCAGGAUUGUUAUUCAGCUGCGACCAGAUGUGGUCCCAAAAACUUCAGAAAAUUUUCGUUGCCUUUGUACUCACGAGAAAGGAUUUGGUUACAAAGGCAGUUCAUUUCACAGAGUUAUUCCAUCAUUUAUGUGUCAGGGCGGUGACUUCACCAACCACAAUGGGACUGGCGGGAAAUCAAUAUAUGGCUCAAAGUUCGAGGAUGAAAACUUCAGCUUAAAACAUGCGGGACCAGGAACGCUGUCCAUGGCGAAUUCUGGACCGAAUACAAACGGAUCACAGUUUUUCAUAUGCACAGAAAAGACAGAUUGGUUGGACAAUAAACAUGUAGUAUUUGGGAAGGUCGUGGAUGGAAUGGACGUGGUUCGCAAAAUGGAGAAAUGUGGCACCAAAUCUGGAAAACCGACUGAUAAGAUCGUGAUUUUAAACUGUGGAGAAUUAGUUUGAUACUACAUGUAAUGCACAUAUAGGUCAUUGCAGCAUUUGUAUUAAGAUCUAUAGCAUCUCAUGAAAAUCCAUUAAGGGCAAAAGAACGAAAGAGAAAAACCCAACAGACUUUCGACUUGAAGAUUUGACUGGCAUAUGUGGUUUAUCAUGAAAGACCAUGUAACUUUAAGUUCAUGUAUUUCUGCAAUUAUCAUUUGCUAUUAUAAUUAACACAAUUGAGUUAGUUUUCCUGUGCUAUCAUGCCUUUUGUUUGUAUGGACUUGCAUUAGUUAGUUACACAGCAUUUUUAAAUGAAACUCUUCUAAGGCUCCCCUAACAGUUUACUUUGUAGGCUCUAUUUCUGCCUAUCUCUGAGCAGCUUUUUGCUCAGAUUCAAAGAACGAUUGAAGGAAGGUUCUUGAUUAUAUAUUAUUAUGGCAAUGACAGAGUGUUCUGGUUUGAUUGAUUUUGUUUUUAAUUGUUUUUUAAGUUAGCUCCUAUUUCACUUUUGGUGGGAAGUUUGUCUGUAAAUACUGGUAAUAUUUCAAUAGUGAAUUGCUGGGGUAUAAUUAAUCUCUAGCAAUGUCAUUUUCAGCUCGGCUGUUUUCAGAGAAAACCCGAGGUAUUGUCAUAGCCAGCUCGUCGUCCGUCGUGCUUAAACCUUGACAUUUUCCUCUAACAUCAAAGUGCUUCCACCUACAACUUUGAAACUUCAUAUGUAGAUGCACCUUGAUGAGUUCUACACGCCACACCCAUUUUUGGGUCACUAGGUCAAAGGUCAAGGUCAUAGCCGACAGCCGAGCGUGGAUCCCCAUUAUGCAGUGCUCUUGUUUAAAAUAAAUUUAAGCAGCACGCUGGGAAAACCAGACUUAAUGCAUGUACAUGUAUAAAAAGUUUGGCCUCAGAUAAGUCUGUGCAGUUUGCCUAGAAAUUUCGGUCACGAAGAGAUAUUUUAUGUACAAAAAAUUUCAUUGAAGCGGAACUGUUGUCCCUUAUUAGCCUGUGCAAAAUCAAUUUUGCCAAAUAAAUUGUGUGUUGACUGUAAGUAAUAAACGUAUAGAAGUGA